GGCCUGCAGAUCGUCGCCCCGUUUAAAAUCCUCAGGGUACUCCAUACAGCUUGUAGCAUUUGCAAAAAGGGUGGAACCAAGAGGCUUCAAUUUUGUGGCGACAAUGACCCCAUCGAAUAUAGUCACGGAAUUCAUCUAUUUCACAUUAAAGUCAGAUGUCAAGCCAGAAGACCGCGAAAAUGAUGAUGGCAGAUUAUUCCUCAGCGCAUUAAACACCGUCAAACAAAGCUGUGGAUAUCUAAGUUCAUUCUGGGGUCGAACGAUCGAGAAUGAGAACAAUAUUGUUUGGAUUAUCGAAUGGAAUGACACAACCGGCUGCGUUCCCCUUUCUCUGCUCGCUCCCAUUAUCGAACCAGAUACCACUCCAAUUGCUCUCCACACCACCCUCACUCCGCCGCCAAAUGGCCUCUUCACCAAUGCUUCAGUCAUCGAAUUGGCUGUCCUUGCAUUCCCACAUGAUCUCAGCCCGCCCGAAAGGACCUCCUUAAACAACAAUCUGAUCAAUUUCCGCUCCAUAUGUCUCCAACUGAGAGAGUCCGAGCCCCCAAGCGCCUUUUUAAUGGGCUGGGUCGAGCGACCAGGCAGCGUUCCGCACCAGGGCAGUGAGUCCGGAAAAGCACAACUGGUAGUCUUUGUCGUCGAAUGGGAGAGUAAGGAACAGCACGAAAUGGCAAGAAAAGCAGCAGAGUUUGACAGAUCCAUUGCGCCAAUAAGGGAGAAGAUGUUACCCCCUAUCAACAUUCUGCAGAUGAGGCAUGUCAAGUUGCAGCCCGUUAUGUGAGCAGAUAGUGUUGUGGUCUGAAUUCCACCCAGAAAUCAAGUUGAACAGCUUUUCAAGGUGAUCGGAGAUGUUGGGCAAACACUGUCGGGAGCAAGUCCUAAGAAUCACUAGAUUUUUGGGGCAUGAAUGUCAUAGGGUAUGUGAAUCCGAAAAUGCACAUGAAUGGGAUGCUGUCUUCGAAGUGAUGCUGUCGCCCGGAAUAAUAAUAAUAAUAAUACAAGGUUGGCAGUUUACAAGUGCUGGAAACCACAUUGGUUGACUGAACAAGGGGUAAAAAGACACGGGAGAGACAGAAUUCGGAGAUAGACCAUACCAUUUGUGUGAUAAAGUACAGCCCAAUAGAAAGAGAAAAUAAUUUGGAAUGUGAACAUCAAUUUUGAUGGAAAUAAAAAAAAGUGGAUAAUGAGCAAAGGGCAUAAAAAUAUUAAGAAUUACAUGGCUGAUGGCUUGUGAUGAAUUCAAGCUCCGCUGAGAGCAUUUUGAAUCCAGGACCAUGUGAAUCAUACCAUUAAAUGCGAUGUUUCUCGCUCUCUAUCAAGUAAAAGUCAUUAGACAUAUCGGGGAUUUCAUGGAACAGGACCUUUCUUUGACUCACCAAGUCUCGAGUAGAGCAUGUAGAGGGCCAUUUGGUUGCACUCCUGGGUUCCAGUGAUGGUCACCAGACGCUCAUUGCUAUUGUCCUGGGGCUCAUUAAUCUUGAUGACGCUCCCGCUAAGGUGGCGGAUUUCAUUGAUCUUGGCACCUCCCUUUCCGAUGAUAGCACCAACCAUGUCGUUGGGAAUGAAAAUUUGCUGGGUCAAUGGGCCGCCAGCAACAGGAGCUCCCAUUGGUUGAGCCGGCGUUCCAUGACUGUGAGGAGGUUGAGGAGCUCCGUAGGGAGCGGGCUGAUGCGGUCCAGCCCCAGUGUAGCCUUGGCGGGGGGAGGCGUUAUAAUGAAUAGGCUGCUGCAUACCGUGCGGACUUGGGCCAGGUCCAUGCAUAUAUGGCACUCCAUAGCCGGUAGACAUCGCGCGAUUGGCCUGGGGAUGGUGUCGCUUGAAGCUGUCUGGAUGGCCAUAUUGUCCACCAGCGGGUUGCGGAACGUAGGGAACUACUUGCAUGCCACCGGGAACAACACCUGCGGGACCACCACUUCGGGUUGCAUAUGCUGAGGCCGCAGGUCCACCGAACCUUUCUGUCAACUGCUCAACCAAAGUGGCGGCAACGUAGUAGGUGGCAAUGUGAACGGCGUCAGCAACACCAAGGAUAACAAGGGAUCGUUCAGUGGAUAAGGGAAGGCAGGAAUCUGAGGCAUUGAGGCGUGCACCAGAGUGCUCUUGAAUUUCGCGGAUGCGAACGCCAGACUUGCCGAUGAUUGAGCCAAUGAGGAUAUGGGGAAUAAGCAGGCGAAGGGGAUAGGUCUUGGACUGAGCUGUAGAUGGCGAAUCCAGAGGUUCAUUGUUCAAUGUACGAAUAAUCAACCCAAACGCCUA